AUGAUGAAGAUCUUAUCAAUUUUAGUUUUAUCCAUCGUAUUUUUAUUCGGAUUUGUCCAAUCCAAGGUGUUAUCUGAAGACCCAGCUAUUACUGAUAAAGUUUACUGGGAUAUUGAAGAAGAUGGUAAACCAAUUGGUCGUAUUGUUUUUGGUCUUUUUGGUGGUGUAACUCCAAAGACUGCUGAAAAUUUCAGAGAAUUAACCUUAUCUGAAGAUCCAGCUAUGGGUUAUAUUGAAUCAGGAUUCCAUCGUAUCAUCAAAAAAUUUAUGAUUCAAGGUGGUGAUUUCACUAGAGGUGAUGGUACUGGUGGUAAAUCAAUUUAUGGUAAUAAAUUUGCCGACGAAAAUUUCAUUAUUAAACAUGACAGACCUUACAGACUUUCUAUGGCCAAUGCUGGUAGAAAUACUAAUGGAUCUCAAUUUUUCAUUACCACUGUUGUUACCAGUUGGUUAGAUGGUAAACACGUCGUUUUUGGUAAAGUCUUAGAAGGUUUCGAUGUUGUUGAUUACAUGGAAAAAGUUAAGACCUCAUACGGUGAUAGACCAGUCAAACCGAUUAAAAUUGUUGCUACUGGUAAAAUUGAUUUAACUCCUGAAGAGUUAGCUAAAUUAGAUGUCAAAGAUGAAUUGUAA